AACAGCUUUUUAACUCACCUCUCACUCUCAGAUCAUUCCUGUUUCAUAUACAUCUUUAUCUCUCUCUUUCUCUCUCUCUCUUCCCUUUUCAACUUGAGAGAUUGGGAGAAAGAAGAAGGUUGGGUUUUGUUCACUUUAUCAGCUUCAAGUUUCUGAACCCACCUGAGUUUCUCUCCAUUGCUCUCAUGUGAGAUUUGUUCUAACCUCAUCACUUUUCUUUUGUCAGUUUAUAAAUUCAAGAUCCUUUGCUUUUCCUUCCUUCAUGGGCCUCCUCUGUUUUGUAACUUUUGUUCCUCCGAAUGUCCUUUUAAUCUUUCUGUGGAUUCGGAUCUAGCAAUAAGAAAACUGGUUUGGUAAAAGGGUUUUAUCGUUCAGACAACAAAGCUCAAACAUAUGGAAUCUUUUUCUUCUUCUUGUCCUUAAGAUUCUCAUACCUUUGAUGCUUAUCAUCUCUCUUGAUGCCAUUUUGAUAGAUUAAAGUCCCAAUCUUUCUCUCUCUCUUUGAGUUAUUAAAGCGAGGCUCAGAGGCACAAGAUCGAAAGACUAGAAGAUGAACAGAGGAACCGAAGUCAUGUCACCAGCAACAUACUUAGAGACAUCAUCAAACUGGUUGUUCCAAGAGAACAGAGAAACCAAAUGGACAGCUGAAGAAAACAAGAAGUUCGAAAACGCUUUAGCCUUUUACGACAAAGACACUUCCGACAGAUGGUUCAAAGUCGCAGCUAUGCUCCCCGGCAAGACAGUCGGAGAUGUGAUCAAACAGUACAGAGAGCUUGAGGAAGACGUCAGCGACAUCGAAGCUGGUCUUAUCCCGAUCCCUGGCUACGCCUCUGAUUCAUUCACGCUCGAUUGGGGAGGAUACGAUGCUGGAAACAAUGGGUUUAACAUGAACGGAUAUUAUUUCGCCGCCGUGGGAGGAAAGAGAGGAUCCGCCGCGAGAGCAGCGGAACAUGAAAGGAAGAAAGGUGUUCCAUGGACAGAAGAAGAACACAGACAGUUUCUGAUGGGUCUGAAAAAAUAUGGAAAAGGCGACUGGAGAAACAUAGCUCGCAACUUCGUGACCACACGGACGCCUACGCAAGUCGCGAGUCACGCUCAAAAGUAUUUCAUAAGGCAAGUCAACGGCGGUAAAGACAAACGCCGAUCAAGCAUCCAUGAUAUCACCACCGUCAACAUCCAUGAUUCUCUUGAUGCCGCAGCGGCUGAUACCGCAACCACAAACGCUCCAUGCUCACCACCGUCACUAGGAGGAAGCCAGCGGGAGGGGUCGGGUCAGUCGGAAGGUCAAACUGUAUACGACGAAACAGCGGGUACGUUUUACAAUCAAAACGCGUUUCAAGAAACGCUACUUGGAAUGUCGUCAACGCCGUACAUAACAAAACUGCAGGAACAGAGUUUCCUAAACGCAUCGCAGUUCGAAUUGUAUAAUGCAUAUCUCCAAAUGUAGCACAAGAUGAAGAUCUGGAAUUACGAGUUGUUAAUUAUUUAAUAAAAUGUACUCUUUUGUUUUUAUUUAUUCGCUUGCAUAUACAAAAAGAGAAAAUAGCUGCUACUUUUUAAGAGAUAUUUAUUUGUUUUAUCCUGUGUUUUUGUGGUUAAUUUUAAUGAGUUUUCAGCAAAUUAAUUAUUUUAAUUGCCGAGUA